AUGGUCACAGAAAACGUAAAUCCUCGGUAUCCGCCUCCCUCGGCUGAUUUCGACCUUCCCGGCCGUCGCAGAGUUCCCCACCCGCCACGAUUAGAGUCUUUGGCCGAUCCUCGUUCGCGAACCCCAAAUUCCGCUAGAUCGUCCUCUCGCUCUCCCCGCUCUCCGCCACGGCAGAGGUCACGUUCGCCUCUGCCACGUCGCAAUCCCCAUGAAAACCCGUGGCCACCCACUCCACCUCACCAUGGCCCCGCGCCGGGUUCGAGGGGUGAAUGGAAGACCCCUAGAUCUACCGGUCGCCAUCAAAUAUACGCCACACCACCUAGAACCAAUUCCCCAGGCUGGUCCGCGCGAGAUGACCUCGACCGGCCGACCCAUCGGAAAGCUAUGCCUGUGCGAGGGGGGCUCCGCAUAUCCAUGUCAACAUCCAGGUUGAACAGCAGGCGCCCGAGGACGCAGGAAUCUAUGGACCGCCGCCCACAUGAUGUGAACUCCCAGGGACUACCUCUAUCACGCUUCCCAACCAAUGGCACUAGCGAUGAAAAUCCUCCCCGACCAAGCAUUAAUUCAUCCGAAACUUGGCGCUCGAGCAUUGAACAAGCAAGCGGGACAGAGCGCAGCAGUGUCCUCACCAAGAGCAGCUCAGUCACCGAUCUUUCGCCGGAUACCCCCGACGCGCCUUACGGAAUGGACAAUGGAAUGAGUGUCGAAGACGCGAUUUCCAUGUAUCUUGAUGGCUUCAGCGACGUGACUGAAGAGCCUGGUUCCCCGAAAUCCCACGCGGGGAGUAAAGCGCCAUCAGUAACACCCCCACCAUCACGCGAUUCCCACAUAGAUGAAAUACAACCACUAGAACAUUCGUUGCUGAGCGACGAUUCGUCGAUAUCCCCGAUGCCAGAAUUCACCAUCUCGCAAGACACAAGGCCAGAUUCAUUGUUUUUGCCAAACUUGACUUAUUCCGAACCCACACCCAUACUGCCCAUACUCCCAGAAUCUCCGCCAGGGGUCACGCCAUUGGAACCGGCACUGCCAGAAACCGACCCGUCAGACCCUGUCAUACCAGACUCUCUGCCUGAUCUCACUCCCGCCACGUCGCCGGUACCCGAGGCGCCCGAGGCGCCCGAUGUACCUCCUGCACACCAACGACAGGCCUCGAAAAAAGUUUUUAUUCCUGGAUUAGUGCCGCCGCAACUCCGCUCUGGAAAAGGCCCUCGAGAUGAUUACGGAUUUCGCAAAGCUACCCAAUAUGUAACCCUGGAUGAAUACGAGACCUGGAAAGAGUCCUACUCCCACCAUGUAAUGCAACGGAGAGCCAAAUGGUGUGAAUUGCUCAAGGAAAAUGGGCUGCCCACAAAAGAGCCCACAACAUUCCCACCGCAGUCUUCGAAGGUCAAGCGAUUCGUCCGCAAAGGAAUUCCUCCAGAAUUCCGAGGUGCGGCUUGGUUCUAUUAUGCCGGCGGGUACGAGCUUUUGAACCGGAACGUUGGCGAAUAUGAUCAACUUGUUUCGAGGGCCAUGGGCUCACCAAGUAACGAUGACAAGGAGCAUAUCGAGCGAGAUCUCCACCGCACAUUCCCUGACAACCUCCAUUUCAAACCGGAGGUCACCACGCAAACAGAACAUUCUGGAAGCAGCAAUCCGAAUCAUUCUAAUGUCACCACGGAGACGCAGAUGAUUCAGUCCCUACGUCGGGUUCUGUAUGCUUAUGCGCUGCAUAACCCAAAAGUCGGAUAUACCCAGUCUCUGAAUUUCAUCACGGGAAUGCUCCUUCUUUUCCUACCCGAAGAAAAAGCAUUCUGGAUGCUGCAUAUCAUCGCCGCAGACUACCUGCCCGGGACCCAUGAGAUUAGUCUGGAGGGUGCCAACAUUGACCUCUGGAUUCUCAUGGUCCUGCUCAGGGACACUAUGCCGGGCAUCUAUUCCAAGAUCGCCGCCAUGGGAGGAACCCCGUCCGGACGGGGCAAAAUGCCUCCCUUGACAGUGAACUCGCGGCUGCCGGACAUUACCCUCGGACUGACCAACUGGCUCAUGUCGGUUUUUAUCGGAAGUUUACCUCUAGAAACCACCCUUCGAGUUUGGGAUGUUUUCUUCUACGAGGGCUCCAAGACUUUCUUCCGCGUGUCUUUGGCAAUCUUCAAAGCGUGCGAAAAGGACAUUCUCGGCGUGACUGACCCAAUGGAAGCAUUCCAGAUCGUUCAAACCGUGCCUAAGAAGCUGCUAGAUGCCAACAUGUUAAUGGAUGAAUGUUUUGUACGUCGGCACCGUGUCGGACAGGGCCGUAUCGAAGAGCUCCGAGCCCAACGCCGCAAAGCUGUCCGCGAAGAGAAGUUGCGACGAUCAGUAGCCUUCAAUAAAGGUCAACUGCAUUCCGGGACGGAUGACUUCGGCGGCCGAUCCCGCACACCAAUCCCAGGCAUUGAGCACCGAGUCGUUGGUUCCUGGCGUCACUUGAAACAACAUGCCUUCCGUUAG